AUGGCAGUCCCAGUAACCAACGGCGCAAAGCCACAGACUGGUAUUAGAGUGAUCAUCGUCGGCGCUGGGUUCGGUGGCCUCACUGCAGCCAUUGAAUGCGUCCGACAAGGACACUCUCCAAUCAUCUACGAGUCGUUUCCUUCUCUCAAGAUUCUGGGCGACAUCAUCUCCUUCGGACCUAACGCUGGACGUAUUUUCGCGCGUUGGGAAAAUGGUGAUAUCGCUCGUGCCAUGCGCAAGAUCUCCAUCGACCUCCAAGCAUAUGGAUUCAAUAUCCACAAAUGGGACACAGGCGAGGUCGUCAUCAAUCAGAAGAGUCCGCCCAGAGACGAAACUGCCCCGGUUUUCAACGGACAUCGAGGUGAACUGCACGAAAUCGUGUUCAACUAUGCGAAAAAACUGGGCGUCGAAAUUGUGCUUGAUUCGCGCGUGGAGAAUUACUGGGAAACGGAAGACGCUGCCGGGAUCAUUCUUGGGGACGGCACGCGCGUGGAGGGUGACGUGGUGGUUGGCAGUGACGGCGUGAGGAGCAAAGCCAGAACUCUUGUUCUGGGUUACGAGGAUAAGCCGAAGUCUUCUGGCUAUGCAGUGUGGAGGUCGUGGUUCAGCAACGAGGAUAUGCUAGCCGAUCCGGAGACGAGACAGUUUUGCGAGAAUGGGGACACCUUCAAUGGCUGGAUAGGACCCGACGUUCAUUUCCUUUUCAGCACGCUAAAAGGCGGUAGUGACUGCUGCUGGGUGUUGACUCACAAGGACGAGCACGAUAUCGACGAAUCUUGGUCUUUCCCGGGCAAGCUAUCUGAAGUGAAGGACGUCCUCCGUGACUGGGACCCCAUGUGCACAAAGAUCAUCUCGAAAACGCCAGAAGAAAAGCUCGUAGACUGGAAGUUGGUUUACAGAGAUCCGCUACCCACUUGGGUCUCCGGUUAUGGAUCAGCUCCCGGCCAUGGCCGCAUUUGCCUGCUCGGCGACUCUGCGCAUCCGUUUCUACCUACCAGUGCACAAGGUGCGACACAGGCAUUGGAAGACGGCGUCACACUUGCAGUUCUACUGCGAAAGGCUGGCAAGAGCAAUAUUAAGGGCGGUCUGAGGGCCUAUCAGGAUGUUCGAUACGAGAGGGUGCGUAAAGUUCAGAAGACUGGCGAGACGACGCGCGAUAUGUGGCAUAACACAGAUUGGGAGAAGGUAAAAAAGGAUCCGCAGAGCAUUGCAUUCCCGCGCGAGGACUGGAUCUUUUCACAUGACGCAGAAAAGCAUGCUGAAGAGGUUGGGGAUGAGAUGAUUGCGAAAGCGUCAACUUCAGUUGAACAGCAAGCAUAA